AUGAUUUUAUCGCUUGUUAUCCUGACUUCAAGCUUGGUCCUCGGUUUCCCGCUAAACGACGAUGCGAAUUCGUUGGAAGAACCCGUGGUAGACCUGUCGUACCUUGGUGACAGGGUGUUCUUGAAACCCGACCCGGAAACGGGUAAGAAAUUGGAAACGUGGAACGUAACGUCGCAAGAAAACCCCGAGGAACUCGGAGAGUACGCAGAGGGAGACAUCGUUUUCCCGAAAAAGUCCAAAAACGGCAUGGUCGCUACUAGUUUCCGGUGGCCUGGCGGCGUGGUUCCGUACGAGAUCGGUGGGUACUAUUCCGCGAACGAUUUGGAAAUAAUCAACAAGGCGUUUAGCGUCUACAAGAAGUAUACCUGCGUAACUUUCCGUCCUCGGGUUCCCAGCGACGAAGACUACAUUUCCAUCGUCAGCGGCAGAUCGGGGUGCUGGUCGAGCGUAGGCCGCAUAGGGGGCAAGCAAGAGGUGAAUCUGCAGAGCUCCUCUUGCACGACCAAGCUGGGGACCCCCUUACACGAGCUCAUGCACGCCAUUGGGUUUUUACACGAACAGAGUAGAUACGAGAGGGACGAUCACAUCACCGUGCUUUGGCAAAACAUUAAGAAAGGUCAUGAAAACAACUUCGACAAAGCAGAGAAAGACAAGACGAGCGGUUUUGGCGUUAACUACGAUUAUCGUUCUGUCAUGCACUACUCCAGCAAGGCAUUUUCCUCAAACGGGCAGCCCACUCUUGUCCCCAAGGAUAAGAGGUUCAUGGAAAAGAUAGGGCAAAGAGACGGCUUCAGUCGAGGCGACAUCACUAAGAUAAACGCCAUGUACAACUGCCCGGAAAAGACUCUCGAAAUCGUUAAUCGUACCGGUACCAUUCCCAACGGGACGAACACAAACACGAAUAAGGAAAAAGAAUCUUCUAACCCUCUGCUUAACGCUGCCGCAGAACUAUUUUCUUUGUUUAUCCAUUGAUUUCUGAUUGACCUGGAGAUGUUUGUUCGUUUAAUUACCAUACUCAAACUGUAACUGUUACAUUUUAUAUUUUUUUUAGCAAUAUA